GUCAGCUAGGCUGAGGCGCAGAAAGGUGAGCGGCUGCCCUUUAACCCCUUCCUCCCUGGGCACCGGCACUCUAUGGGGACACGAGACGGUCUGGGCGCCUGAGAGAGAGCGGCAGCGACGAGUCCUGCGAGCAGAGCCAUGGUGUCAUGGAGGGGGAUUUACUUUGUAUGCGCCUUAUUCCUGGGAAGUUUCUUCGGCAGCAUCUUCAUGCUCAGCCCGUUUCUCCCUCUGAUGUUCGUGUCUCCCAGUUGGUAUCGCUGGAUAACCGACCGCGUCGUAGCCACCUGGCUGACGCUACCAGUGGCUUUGCUGGAGCUGGUGUUCGGCGCCAAGGUGGUUAUCACCGGCGACGGGUUCAUUCCCGGAGAGCGCAGCGUGAUUAUCAUGAACCACCGCACCAGGCUGGACUGGAUGUUUCUGUGGAACUGCUUGCUGCGGUACAGCUACCUCCGGCUGGAGAAAAUUUGUCUGAAGUCCAGUCUUAAAUCCGUCCCCGGCUUCGGUUGGGCCAUGCAGGUCGCUGCCUUCAUCUUUAUCCGAAGGAAAUGGGAAGAGGACAAGAGUCACUUUGAAGCCAUGCUGGACUACUUCUGCGACAUCAAGGAGCCGCUGCAACUCCUCAUCUUCCCGGAAGGAACAGACCUGACAGAGAAUACCAAGGCCCGUAGCGACGAUUUUGCUGUAAAGAACGACUUGCAGAAAUACGAAUACGUCCUGCACCCAAGGACCACGGGUUUUACGUUUAUCGUCGAUCGCCUGAGGGAAGGUAACAACCUCGAUGCCAUCCAUGAUAUAACAGUCGCCUACCCUCAGAAUAUUCCUCAAACAGAGAAGCACAUCCUAAACGGCAACUUCCCCGAAGAGAUCCACUUCCACGUCCGCAGGUACCCCGUCAGCUGUCUGCCGGCCUCCAAGGAAGCCCUGCAGGUCUGGUGCCAGGAUCGGUGGAAAGAGAAGGAAGAGCGGCUCCGAGCCUUUUACGAAGGAGAGAGGUACUUCGACGCCUCGAGGCGGAGCAGAAUCCCACCCUGCAAGUCCGAGUUCAGGGUCCACCUGAUAAAGUUUGGCUCUCUCCUUUACUGGACAUCGUUCACCGUCGCGAUGUGUGUCCUGAUGUACAUGUACAGCUGCGUGCGGUGGUACUUCCUCGCCGCGGUCGUCGUCUUCACCCUCCAGGAAAAGUUCUACGGCGGGUUGGAGCUCAUCGAGCUCGCCUGCCACCGAUAUUACACCAGUAAGCAACGCCAGUCCCUGCCUGCGAAGGGAGACUAACGCCGGGCUUCAUCCGCAAGCUACCUUUUUGUAAACUGUGACAAUUUCUGCAUGUAAACCAUCUUUCCAAAAACCUUCAUUACUGUUUUUUUUUUUUUUUUAAAGGAAUAUUUUGCACUUUUUUUGUUUUUAAAAAAGAAAAAAAACAA